AUGCCCUCUCCAAUCCCUCCGGAACUCCACCAUCGACCGGUCCUUCGACUCCAUUUGGACGAUGUUACUCACUCAGCCACUCAAAUUACUUGCGCGUCUCUGGAUGGGGGAUUGUACCUCGCACGAGCCAUUGAGCAUGUGGUGGCCAACCUAUAUACGCCGCAUGGCUUGAAAGAGAUCCCCAAAGUUAGGUCUGUGACGGUGGUGCUGAGGUCCAUGGGAGGCGUCGCGUACACGACCGGUUUACAAUUGGACGAUCUCCACAAAGAGAUCCAUCUUUCACUCGACUACGUGCAAGGUGUCCUCUCCAGAAAUUCACCGGGAGUGCGACAUGAGAUCGCUGGCGUCAUCACUCAUGAAAUGGUUCAUUGUUUCCAAAACAAUUGUCACGGUACAGCUCCAGGAGGCUUGAUUGAAGGAAUAGCAGACUUUGUACGGCUGAAGGCGGGACUUGCUCCACCACACUGGAAUCGAUCGCCUGAAAAUAGGGGUCGGAAAUGGGAUGAGGGUUACCAGAAGACUGCAUGGUUUUUGGAGUGGCUCGAGGAAAGGCGUGGUCCUGGCACGGUGAGUCGUAUGAAUGAAAUCAUGGGAGAGGAGAAGUAUGAUGAGAAGAAACUCUGGCAUGACGUUUUCGGAGAGUCGGUCGACAGGCUCUGGAAUAGGUACCGAAAGACUUGGGAGGCAGAUGAUCAAAUCGUUACCUGUGGCACCAGCAUGUCAAGAGAGCCCAGUAGUACUAGCUCGGAGGCCGAGAUGGUGGAUCUGAGCGAAGAGGAAAGGCAUGAGGCUACAAAAGAAGAAAGACAGCCCCAAAAAUUCGUUGCAUAG